AUGGGCACCCCAGCUGGAUUGGGGACCGCGUCCCAUAGAGGUUUGUGUCCGCUUGCUGCCCAGCUACCAAAUGGGGCGAGUUUCCAAACUGAUGGCUCGAAUAAAUAUGGAGUUUAUUCGUUAUUUCCUGGCGGACCAAGUUUUGGGAGUACCCUGUACUCUCACACUAGCACGAUAGGGCGUUUUGCUUCGAAUCAUCUGCAGCAGUCUGCAGCGAAUAAUUCUCAUGUGGCACAAAAAGACGUACUCUUCCCGUCGUGGGGCUACACGUUCGGCACGCCGACACCGCCGCCCGGCUCGCCGUACUCGCCCGUCCCGGUCGCGCAGCUGGAGCUGUUCGCGAAGAGCAUCAACUCGAGCAUCGUCAUCCAGCAGCCGGCCGAUCUGUCGCUCUCCCAGCGACAGGGCCAGGAGAAUCACUGCGACGACAAGUGCUGCGCCAUCAGGUCGCAGAAACCUUGCAACUGUCAGGUGGGGCCUCCGAUAAAAAUCCUGCGAUAUCAAGAUGCCGUGAAAGGAUGCUCGAGGACCAACCCGCUGGACUGGUCGGCGGUGGACGUCAAGAAGGAGCCGGACGCGUACGGCACCGCGCCGCCUAUAGUCAAAUUGGAGUUGGCCUCGCCAUGCCGCAGGGAUGAGGGGAUCGCUCUACGUACUAGCUAUCCGUCGAUGGCGAACGGCCCCGGCUCGAUGACGGCCGGCUCGAAUAUGGGCGGAGCCGUCAUCCAGUGCUCCGCCGACGACAGGGCCUCCGGAUUGACCGCCUGGCAGGUGGGCGGAGCCUGCAGCCAGGCGCUGGCCGCGCCCACUCUGUGGCAAUAUCCCGCAUCUCUUCCAGUGGAACCAGUUGUUUCACUUCCAGUACCUGUCCCUCCGGUUGGUUUCCAACUGGUCCGAGAUCCCUCAACAGGUGGUCUUCUUCUUCUUCCUACAACAGGAAUAGAACCGCUCCAACAGACCGUAGUUUGGCCAGGCUACCAACAACCGCCCCCCAUGCUCUUGCCAUCCCUGUCGCAGAUAUCUCCACCACCGUUACAACUGCUAUCCUCCGCAUCUUCCGAAUACCUCUCCAGCAGUACCACGAUGCACCAACACACCCAAACGCACGGUACCAGGCUCGUCACCCUCACCGCAGAACCCAAAAAGAAGAUGCCCCUCAUCAAAAUCGAGAACGAGGCCAACAAGUCCAUACAGGCCAUCAGUUCCGGCAAUAUGGCGCCUCUGGUCACCACCCACGUGAUCUACCAACACCCGACAAACCUGAUUCUGUCUCAAACCCCCACGGGGGAUUCCUCGACUCAAGCUACUUCUCCGGUACCAUGUUUGACUCCGCCACCUGAAAUUCCAAAUAGAGUCGAACAAUUAUCUUCCACUGUCCAGGAUGCCAGCAACCAAACUGACACGCCGAUUUGCAGCGAGGACGACAACACCAUAGGCGACCCGAACGAAAUCAAGGGUGCCGAAGAGUCAUCCACAAUCAUCCCCGAAAAUCCAGUCGAAUGCUACGAAAUCAAAGAGUUACCGCAAGUGGAAGCUACGGAGCCUUUAGUGAUGGAGCCAGCGAAUAACUUCGACAAGGUGUUGGAACCAGAAGUCUUUGAACCAGCGGAAGAGAGCAAGAAGAACCCGGACCUCAGCGGCCUGGAGCUACUCACCAAUAGCAUUAUGGAAAUCGAGUCUUACAAAGAUAGUGAGAUGGUGCCAGAACAGUUACCAGCAUCCGCAGAGGCAGCUAGGACUCCCAAAGAGGAUAUAACCUUAGCUAUACCGCCUCCUUCGAAUGACAGCCUCGGAGGAUUGAAUCUACUUUGCGCUUUGGCAGAACAAAGAAUAAUGGAAGAAAGCGACCUACCUGCGCUGGAUAAAGAAGCGACGCGAGAACGCAAAAGGAAGAAGAAGAAGUCCAAGAAGAUUUCCUUUGAAUCAGAACGCAAGAGAAAAAGGAGUGAAGACCAUUACUAUGAAGACAAGGAGCACAGAAAGAGGAAGAACACGAGUACCAGAAACGUACCCGAUGAGGAGAAGAAACCCUGCUCUUGCCAGACCAAAUGCUACAAAUCGUACCAGACGCCCGAAUCUAAAGAGGAAGUGAAAAAGUUCAUAGCCAGCAAAACGCAUCAGACUUGUUGUGACGGCGAGUGGCCUUGCAUGAAUGCCAUGGAGCUCGAUAUGAGGAUAAAGUUGGCGGAACUGCAGCGGCAGUAUCGCGAGAAGCAGGAAGAGCUCAGCAAGCUGAAGACGAAAGAACAUCUUCCGGUUUGCGCAGACAGGUGCCCGAGGAGUAAAUCGAUAGACGCAACUGAAUGCGACAGAAUGGCUUCUUUACCUACACCCGAGGAGCCUAGAGACGAAGUUGAGGAAGUUUCAGUUCCAGAUGUAACCAAGAGCAAUAAUAAUAGUACAAACUCAUCCAUCAAACAUUCCUCUUCCAAGAAAAGGAAAGUGGAAAAGCCGAAGAAGCUAGCGUCUUUCUCAGGGGAAAACGACGCAACUGAAACCAUAGUCGCUAAGAAGCCUAAAACUUCUUUCGUCGGUUGUUUGCUGAAGGCUAAAGAGAAAUUCAAGAAGAGGAGCAAAAGUUUUUCUGACGCUACCCCUCUGAGGUAUUUGGACGAGCACGAGCCGAUGAAAUGCAAACCUAAGAAACGGCAUAGCCAUCACGGUGAUUCGGAAAUGAAGAGUUCCAAAAUUAGGCCGAAACUAAAAGCGGAGGCCACUCUCAAAUCCGACUAUCACUUCAAGUACAAACCCGCUGAAGAAGAAUCAGUCGAUAGUUCAGUCAAUGAAAACACAAAACUUCAUACGGAAACUUUCGAAGCGGAAGAUGAUGAGGUAGCUCUAGAUUUGGAGGAACCUAGCAAAGACUGUACGGGUAUCGCGGAAACUGUGGAAAACGUCGUGAAACCUUCAGAUUCUCGGUUUACCCUUACGCCUCAACUGCUAGAAGUUAACAAACUGAGGGUACUUACAGCGAUGGGAGGGCUGUUUUACGCAGGCCAGUUGAAUGCUUUGGAACCUCCAGACGUGUAUUCUAUAACAUUGGAUGGAGAAAGAGGCAACAAACCCCACAUCAUGUCCAGGGAGGAAAUACUACGAGAUGCGAUUGUCGAGGUAUCUCCGAAGAGUAUCGCAGACAUUCCAGCUGGUACGAGACUGUGUGCUUACUGGAGCCAACAGUAUAGGUGUCUUUAUCCGGGUAGUGUCGCUGAACCUGGUACCCAUCACCCUCAGAUCGACAAGAAAUUCGUUUCGGUGGAAUUCGAUGAUGGAGAUAGCGGAACGAUUGCUUUAGAAGAUAUCAGGCUGUUACCAAGUGAUUACCCCAUUAUUGAAUACGACCCGAAUCCUCUGUUGAGUCUAUGCAAAAGGAGAAGAAGAGCAUCCACGAGCGUUUCGACGGAAGAGAAAACGAAACCCUUCACUGCGACUCUAGUCCCCGUGAAUCCUCAACAAUCGCAACCGCCAACAGAAGAAAAGACAGCCCAAGAUAUCGACGAACUCAACGAGAAGCUCAGAGACAAGAAACGCACCAAAAGGAAGAAGCACAAGAAACUGCGCCGGAAACUCAUGAACGACGAGAAGAAGAAAAAGAAGAAGCACAAGUGCAAAUACGAGAACUGUAAGCAUCGCAAGCAUCACAAGAAACACAGAAGGCAUAAGAAGAGCCACGAGCAACCGUCGAAAAUUGAAGAGAGGCUAACUGUAGCAACUGCUGAAGUUAACCUCGACAGGAAAGGAAGCGAUAUUCCAGAGGCGAACGACUUGAGAGAUUUGGAAAACGUGGAGGAUGAAAAUGGGAACGAAAAUCCCGGAUACGAGGUUACUAUGGAUGACGUAACGGAGGCUAUCACUAAAAAUAAAUGCAAAAAGAUGAGAGACCGACAAGAGUCGUCGGAGAGCAAAAGCAAAAUGAGCGCUUUCCUACCAGCCAGGCAGCUGUGGGGUUGGGCGGGAAAGGGAUACAAACGUCAAAAGUGCAAAGGACGGUUCAAGAAGGCCUUUUACAAGUCCAUACAACGUGGAAAGGAGAUGAUAACUGUUGGAGAUUCGGCCGUAUUUUUGUCCACUGGAAGACCUGACCGGCCUUACAUAGGGAAAAUAGAGGCGAUGUUCGAAUUGAGUAGCACCAUGAAAGUGAGAGUGAAAUGGUUUUAUCAUCCAGAAGAAACCGUGGGAUGCCCUCAAAAUUUACAAUAUCCUGGUGCCCUGUUCGAAUCCCCCCACAUAGACGAAAACGACGUCCAAACUGUCUCCCACAAAUGCGAGGUGCUGCCCCUGGACGAAUACAGAGCGCGAUUGGGCGACCACCCGACCAGCUACGCCGCCGUCUACAACGACAACGACGUCUACUAUCUGGCGGGCCACUACGAUCCGACCGCCCAUUCAUUGAAAAUGGAGCCGGGCAUACCGUUCGCCGCCAGAACGGACCGCUGAGAUAA